GAGGCUGAAUUUCAGUCGUUAAGAGAAGCCCUCUCCUUUGUAUCAUUAAUUGAUGGAUAUUACAGAUUAACUGCGGAUGCCCACCAUUAUCUCUGUAAAGAAGUAGCACCACCAUCAGUCCUUGAAAAUAUCCAAAGCAACUGCCACGGACCAAUUUUCAUGGACUUUGCUAUCAGUAAACUGAAGAAAGCAGGUAAUCAGACUGGUUUCUACGUUCUUCGUUGCAGUCCUAAAGAUUUUAAAAAAUACUUCCUCACCUUUGCUAUAGAGCGUGAGAAUACCACUGAUUAUAAACACUGCUUAAUUACGAAGAAUGAGAAUGGGGAAUAUAAUCUUAGUGGAACCAAGAGAAGUUUUGGUAAUCUUAAAGAUCUGUUGACCUGUUACCAGACGGAAACUGUCCGUUCAGACAGCAUAAUUUUCCAAUUCAUCAAAUGCUGUCCUCCAAAACCAAAAGAUAAAUCAAAUCUCCUAGUCUUCAGAAGCAAUAGUGUUUCUGAUGUACCUUCAUCACCUACGCUACAGAGACACAAUAAUGUCAACCAGAUGGUCUUUCACAAAAUCCGGAAUGAGGACUUGAUAUUCGAGGAGAGUCUUGGACAGGGCACAUUUACUAAGAUUUUCAAAGGUGUAAGGAAAGAAGUGGGAGACUAUGGCCAGCUCCAUCAAACUGAAGUUCUUUUAAAGGUGCUGGAUAAAGUGCAUAGAAACUACUCUGAGUCCUUCUUUGAGGCAGCAAGUAUGAUGAGCCAGCUUUCUUACAAACAUUUGGUGUUAAAUUAUGGAGUCUGCGUAUGUGGAGAGGAGA